AUGCGGCUUCGAUCAACUUCGUCGCGCUCUCGCGCCUCUUCCCCUGCUCGCAAGACCAGGUCGCCAGGCAUCCCCAUCUUCGGCCUCUUGAACUUCAUUGCCUCCCAAAGGCUCUCCAAGAAACCCGCAAAGCAGCAGCCCGACAAAUUUCACCCCUUCUCCAGGCUCCCGACGGAGCUCCGUUUGAAGAUUUGGCAAUUGAGCCUCCCCAGCCCACGCCUCGUCUCCGUCCAAUGCGGCGCCGACAUCACGGCCUUCUCCAAGUAUAACCCAGACAGUGCCGAGUACGUCGGGUGCACAUCGCCGACUCGCAUCCCGGUCAACCUCCAAGUCUGCACCGAAUCCCGCACUGAAGCUCUCAAGUCGUACCAGCCCAGCCUCGGCUUCUUCCGCGGCGAUGGCCUGGUCUACUUCAACUACGACAUCGACAUUUUGUACUUUGGCCCCCGCGAGGGCUUCAUGGCCGCAGACUCGCAGUUCCACACGUGCAUGAUGAUGUGUGAGCCGUCGGAGCUUGCUCGUGUCCGUCGUUUGGCCGUCAACGAGGCCUUGUUCCGGCACGCCUGCGACAAGUACGAGUUCCCGAGCGCUACCAGAUUUACGCUGGAGAUGCUGAGGCAGGUUUCCCAGCGCAUGAAGGGCCUGGAGGAGCUCAUCUUGGUGCCUUGGGAGGAGAACAUGACCGAUGAAGCCCUUGCCCUUUCGCGCGUGCGUUUGACCAAGCAGAUGCACUCGGCUCUGCAGAGCAUGAGAAAGGUGAAGUCGUCUUGGAAAGCGCCGCCAUGGAAGGUUAUUCCUUUGAAGGAGCUCCCCAGCAUGAUUGGUUGA